AUGAGCUUAAAGCCAAAGAAGCAACGUGGCUUUCGAGUAUUCGUGGGUUCCUGUAUCUUCACAACGAUCACUAUAGCUCUCGUUCUGUGGGAUGAACGUCAGCAGCGGGAGCGACGUCAGGAAGGAGUCAAAUAUCGACUGAAAUCGAUUCAACAGAAACAGAAUAUGCAAGAAUAUGAAGAGCAACGACAGAAAUACGAGGAGUAUAAGAAGGCACAGUCUGGCUAA